AUAAUUGCUUCACUCUUCAGCGUUAGCUGUAGAUAUUUAAUUGUUGGAGUGUGGACACAAUUCCCACCUGAAGUCUGAUUAUAAUACAUCUCCUAGAAGUCUUAGAUGGAUCAAAUCUGUUCCCAUUACAAAUGUUAUUGGGAGCUACUCCAAUUCACCUGUUGCAGAAGAAAUCCUAUGAAUAAAGGAAGUCAUGUUCAUCACGGGAAUCAUAGGAAUAUUAUUAUUCUGAAGACUAAAGGAGAUAUCUAUGAGCCUAUGAUGGCCAAUGCUCAUAAAUCCUUGCCAGAUCUGAAAGGCAAUCCAGAAUCAAUUCUGAAUAAGGGUCAUUACAACUCCAGGAGGCUCUGGUGGUAAGCUAGAAAGAGGGUGAUCUGAAGUUCAUAGAUCCUUUGAGUCAUGUACACAAACCUAAUUUUUUUGAGAACCUUGGCCAUCCUCAUGCUAUUUGGCUAAUUGUCUACCUGUCUAAUAGCAUGCCAUAUGCUGAAGGUAUUCUUACUGCGUAUCAUUGAACUCUUCUCUCUCUCUCUCUCUCUCGCUCUCUCUCUCCCCCCUUUGUCUGCUCUGCUACUAAUAUCUUGUCUUUUAUGCCAUUGUGCUAGAUAGCUUAUAGCUGGUUAAACAUUUAUAAGGAUUUUGUUACUCCUUAAUUUGAAAUUAAUAGUUACAUGUAUUACUUAAGGAUGUUUGUUGAGGAAUACUCUGUAAUAUUAUGAUUAAAUUUUCUAAUUUGUCAGUACCUUAUAUUAAUUGAUGAGGAGAGGAUUGAAAAAUUAAAUCACUAGCUUUUAUAGAGGGUUUUUUUUUUUUUUUUCUUUUUUUUUUUUGGGUAAUAUAUUGGUCCAUUCUUGGUCCCAUUUUGUCAACUUAUUUGGCUUAUUUUAGGCAAUAUAAGUUCUGACAUACUUAUAAAUAAGUUUUGAUGUAGUGAAAAUAAGGUCUUAAAAAAUCCAUAAGUUGAAUAAAACAUGGCCUUAAGAUAUAAACUAAUUUGGGUCGUAGGGAGUAUCCUUGGUGCAAGCACAAACAUGUCUUUUUCUUAUUUUUGGGAUAGAUUAAUUAUGCAGUUGUCAUUAUAUUUUUAUAUAAGCAAGCUUUGGUCUUUGGCGAGCUAUGUUUUUUUUUUUUUUUUGGGUGCCAACCCAUUCCGUGGAAGUGAAGAUCAAUAGUAGCAGCAAAUGUGCUUGGCAGUAUGUGUAUAUGUAUGUAUGCGUUUUGGUUUUUUAAAACGGUUUAAUACUAGAAAAGAAUACAAACACAAACGAUUGCUUUUAGGGUAAUUGACUUGAGGGUACCAAUGUAAAAUCUGAAUGACUGAAAUACUUUGAGUAUAUUGAUGGUUUGGAUAUUACUAUGUAGUAGUUAUCAUGUGCUAUUUCUGAAAGAUGAGCCGCACUCUCUUUACUAUUCUUCAUCUCCCUUGGAUAAUUGUGAUAAAUUAGUUUUGUUAACAGCAUUGAUUUGAAUGACUGUAUGUGGAAGUACGAGCUAAUGGACUUGCAGGACAAAAAACAACUUGUACCAAACGUAGAUUUGGUAUGGAGAUGAAGAUGGAGAUGGUGUGUUUGUUUGUUAACCACCUGAGUCAGUGAAGAUCUUACCUUCCUUUUUCAUGUAAAGCCACACGUGAAGCUUUGAAAGCUUCUGUGUACCCUUGCUUGAUCCAGGCUGUUUCUUUUAUUGAAUAGAAGUGCAACAACUGAUGCACAAUGUGAAGCGACAGUGUUAAAAGUAGUAGUGCAACCAACAUCCUUUUACUGCAUUAAAGGGAGCGUCGCCCUAAGAAGCAGAGCUGGUUAUAAAUAAGUGUCAGAAGCAGAGUUGUGAAGCUUUAGACGAUCACCAAUUUUACCCUACAGCCUACUAAAAAAUACGACAGUGAUUUUGCAACUUUUGAGUUGGUUGACAUAGGACGAUAGGAGUGUAAGGAAUUGAGGUGUCAUUUGGUUCAAAUGGGAAUUAGAAUUUCCAUAAAUUAUUUGGUUAAAAACCAGGGAAGUAACUUCACAUGGGAAAGACUACUUACAUAAGGGAAUUAGGUAAGUAAAUUCUUAUAUUUUGUGGAAAGUGUAAAUUCCUAGGAAGUUUCACUUCGCCAUUUUACCAAACUUUUGUCAAUCAAACAGAACCCCUAACUUGUGCUCUGUAAUUCCUUAAAAGUCUCACUUCCCUUUUAUUUUGAUGUCAACCAAACAUGUUAUGGGUGUUGUACUUAGGGACCAACUCUAGGGACCUGUCCAACCUGAGUUGGUUGCUGGGAUUCUCUAUUCCCUCAAUCCUGUGCUUCUUUGUAUUCUUUAUGUUUGGCAUCAUACACAUUAAUAUGAAGGAAUAAUUAGAGUAGCAAUAUUUUUUAAAUUGAAAAAUGAUAAUUUCUACUUUAAUUAUUACUUUAAAUAUUCUCUCCUCUUUUUUUAAGUGUUACGUAUUAUAUAAGGCUUUUUUUUCCUUUAGGCCCCAUCAUACCCAUCACUUAAUAUAUUCUACUUUGAAAAGACGGUGUGAAGGAUAUUCAAAGAGUGAUAUUUGUGUUACGUUGGCUCUAAUACCAUAUUAAAUGAUCAACUUAAUUAAAAAUGUAAGCGAAUGGUUGAACCACAUAAUCGGUUUGUAUACUUUAUUUAUAUUAUAUAUAAUGGCAGAAAGAAGGUAGAGCACUGGAUUACUGGUGUAGUAGUAAUUAUGAAGAAAGUAAAAAAAACAGUGAAAGCAAAGAUAUAAGGCAUAAAGUUAGGGACCAUUGAGGUUAGUGAGAGUACCUCAUCCGUUACGAGUCCAAGAUCAUCAGAUACAAAUUAAAAAGACCACACUCAGACGCAAAUUGAUGUUUUGACACUUGCUUUUUCCAAACCUUUCUUUUCGCUUCCAAUCCAAAAUCACGCAAGAUUACAACUUACUUCAAUCAUUCCUUUUUAUUUUGUAGUAUACACAUUUUUAAUAAUGAUCAUAAAAUAUUAUAUGCAUUAUAGGAGUGAUAAGCAUUUUUUCCUUCUCUUCUUUCUCCACGGAAUCUCUGCUGCUUAGCCUGCUUUUAGACAUUUACCACUCUUUCCGAUUCUAAAUACUCUUCUCAUUCUGACAAUGCAUGUUUGUCAAUGUAUUAUUCUAACAAUAAUAAUUUAUAGUUACAUACUAAUAAGACUAACAUGACUAUAUUAUCAAGAUUUCAAAUAGGAAGAACAAAAAGGUUCGAAAGAAAUACAAGUACGAGUAUUAAAUAUACGGUAUACUCUCGUCCUAAAUUCUUCAGUCUAUUAAAAUUGCAUUAUAAUGUAAUUGACAUUAGAAAUAUGGAGCAAUUUUUUUCUUGGGUUGCUAAAUAUCUGAAAUUAAAAAUAAAAAGAAUUGUCAGUAAAUGCUCCCUUCACAAUCUGAGCUGAAGCAUAAAAUUAUAACUCUACUCGCCAAGGAACGUAUAUAUUCUCUUAAAUACGAGUGAGUACUUAUGAAGAGGGGGGGUUGAGCUUUACCAAUACCAGUAGUAGUAGUUGUUCCUUUUUAUAUCUAUGUUCUUGUCUUUCUCUUAAUUAAUAAUUCUUCUACUUAAAUAGUUGGUUGUACUGUGAGUUGUUGCAAAUCAAUCAGCUAAAGAUUAAAGACGAAAAAAGGGUAGAUUAAUUGUUGUUGGAGAUGAGUAAAGAGGUAAGAGUGUUGUUAGUAAUGGUGGUAGCAGCCAUUUUGUUAGGCUGCAGCUGCAGAUGCAAUGUGAAUGCAGGAAACAUCGAAAAGGAACAAUCGGCAGUGGGGGAUCCAGGAAUGAAGAGGGACGGACUGAGGGUUGCCUUUGAGGCCUGGAAUUUUUGCAAUGAAGUUGGUCAUGAAGCCCCUGCCAUGGGUAGCCCUCGAGCGGCCGACUGCUUUAAUUUCAUCCCCAAAGCUUCUAUCAGCAACAAAAUCCAAAGUGCAGGAAGCAAUAGGUCCUUUCAAAUUCAGCACAAAGUGACAGAAGCACACAACAAGCUCGGGGUGGGAAAGCCUUUUCCAGGGUUGACAGCAGAAGCUCUGACUAAUGCAGAUCUGUAUGCAGCCCAAAAGGAGCUAUAUUUGGGAAGCUUAUGCGAGGUUAAAGCCGAAGCCGAAGCCCCGUGGCAAUUCUGGAUGGUUAUGCUGAAGAAUGGCAACUUUGACAGUAAUUCAGGUCUAUGCCCACAGAAUGGGAAAAAGGUUGGUCCAUUUUAUACACCUCCAGGCAGGUUCCCUUGCUUUGGAGCUGGGUGCAUGAACCAACCUUCCUUUCACCAUAACCCAACCUCCUUGAGGUUAUCUCAUGCUAAUGACUCUGAUAUUGCCACCAUGACGGGUGGCUUCCGGGGUACCUAUGACUUAGAUUCCGAUAUCAGCGAUGUCGUGGACGUGGGCGUGGGAGUCUCUUAUUAUGAAGUUACUUGGAAGAAGCAACCUGGACAGGGGAGCUGGUCUUUCAAGCACAAGCUUAAAACUUCCAAAAAGUAUCCGUGGCUUAUGCUGUACCUCAGGGCUGAUGCAACUCAAGGAUAUUCUGGAGGUUAUCACUAUGACACCAGAGGAAUGCUCAAAAUUCUUCCAGUAUCCCCAAACUUUAAAGUGAAAAUGCAUUUGGAUAUAAAGCAAGGCGGAGGAGCAAAGAGCCAAUUCUACUUGAUUGAUAUCGGAAGCUGCUGGAAAAACAACGGAAAACCAUGCAAUGGGGAUAUGCUCACCGAUGUUACUAGAUAUAGUGAGAUGAUCAUUAACCCUGAAACCCCCGCGUGGUGCAGCCCUGCUAGCAUCAAGUCCUGUCCACCCUACCACAUUACUCCCAACAACACCAAGAUUCCCAGGAAUGACACUGCCCACUUCCCCUAUGGCGCCUACCAUUACUAUUGUCGACCUGGGAAUGCCGAGAACCCUGAGCAACCAUCUGACUCAUGUGACCCUUACAGCAAUCCUCAGUCACAAGAGAUACUCCAGUUGCUGCCUCAUCCUAGCUGGGCUGAAUAUGGAUAUCCUACCAAGCCAGGCCAAGGAUGGGUUGGCGAUCCUACUACUUGGGUGUUGGAUGUUGGCGGCCUUUCUAGUAGGCUCUACUUCUAUCAGGACCCUGGUACACCUCCGGCUAAGAGAGUAUGGACCUCAAUUGAUAUGGGUACGGAAAUUUUUGUCAGUGACAAAGAGGAGGUGGCAGAAUGGACAGUCAGUGACUUUGAUGUCAUUAUCACUUGAUAAACAGGAGCUAGGAAGCUUCAAAGGCUUUGUGCGAUGGCAACGCAGGGUGUAGAGUGAGAAUACCGUAGGUAAUAUAUUAAGUGCAAUCCACAAGCCAUAAAGGGCAGGUUUUCACCUGUCAUUUGACACAUGAAUCUACUGUGAUCUGUGGCCAUGCCUUUAAUUGUAAAAUUGACAGAAAUGUGUCUUGUUUCUCCACUGUGAGCAUUUCUUCAAUCUAAAAAGGAGAUUUAGCAUCUGCUCUUUUAUCCAAAUAUAUACUCAUACCUUUUUAUUA